CGUCUGUUAAGUGUGGUGGGGGACCCUUCAAGGUUUCAUCACUGACUCUACAGUACAGUACAUAUGUAUGUGUCCAUUGCCUAUAUAGGACUACGGUACAGAUAGAGGGUGAGUGAAGACUCUGCUGAGAGAUGACGGACCUGGAGGCAUCGACAGUGGGUGAAACCCCUCCCCCAUACAUUAUCUUCCUCCUGGUUUUCUUCUUCUUCAUCACGGGCCUCCUGGGUUUCCUGGUCUGCCACCUGCUGAAGAAGAAGGGCUACCGCUGCAGGACAGGGGAGGAGGAAGAGGAAGAUGAGGAGGAGUGUAAGCAGAAACUGGGACCAGACAAGAAUGGUAAGUAUCUACCAGGGAAAACAAGGAUCUGUCAGAAAGAGUUUUAUAUAUUGGCUUUGGAUCUAUCCAUUGAUUUCAGGAUCAGGGAUAUGGCUUGAAGAAGUUAACAAGCAUCCAUUAUUGAUUUUCUAAGGCAGAUACAUAAGGUAUGUGUGACUUUUUUCAAUGGUGUCAGUCUUUAUCCAAAGGGUCUUGGGCUUUUGCCAAACAGGAAACAGAGGCACUCUGUUGUACUGUUUAGUUUAAGAGGAUGCUUAUUCAGCUUGAAUUCCUAUGUAAACAUUGGACACUCACGAAGAAGUCAUAUUUUCCAUAUUGAAUUAGUGAGUACUUCAAAAGCCGGCCCCUUAUUGGAUGCUUUAGUUGAAAUAAACUACCUUAAAGGAGCUGUAGAAUCGGUUGAUUCACACAAACAGAAAUAAGCUUCUUUCAUUGAAGUGAUGAAAAAUGGUUAAGGUCGACAACUUUGAGAAUUUCCUUUACUAAUCUUGAAUGAUGAUGGAGCAAGCUUGGGGGCAAGCUGCUUCGUCAGACAAUCUUUCAUAUAUUACAGAUGAUGAAGAAGAGGACAAUCAAGACACUGUUGAACAAAUCCUGAAGUGCAUCAUUGAAAAUGAAGGUAGUAACUCAAGAAACAACACAAUAGAUACUAGAUAUUGUCAAUACCUUAGGCAUUACACUUCAAUACUGCAAUUUAAAUUGUGCUUUAAAAUAAAAGUGUCAUUUUUGGGUUCUGUUUUGCUUUCUAGCCAACAUGGAAGCCUUCAAGGAGAUGCUAGGAAAACAGAAUAUUUGUGAACAUCAUGAUCCUACGUAUGUAUGGCUAAUACUAACUUUUUUGAUUUGGUUAUGAUAUCUAUUAUUCAUGUAAGUACAUUCACAUUCACCUUGCCUUAAAAAUAUACUGAAAAGAAGUACACUUAAAAAUGUGAACUAUUUUGAUUUAGAAAAUUAAGCACAGCUUGUUCAAACAUUAAGCCUCUUUUAGAUAUAAAACAUUGAUUUACAUUAUGUUUAGAUCCUCUGACUGGCAUUACUCCAUGGUUGUAUUAACCCUGGGCGAAAGUCUUUUAGUGUGCAGAGCUAAGGGAAACAAGUGCCUUACUUCCUAAGAGCACCAACUCUCUCAAGUAAUAUAGUCCUAGUUUAUUUUAGCUCUUAAACAAACCAGUAUUUGUGUGGUACAUAAUACAUAUGGUUCAAAUGCAGGUCUUCUGUACUCGGCGUACCGUACUACAGGUUUUUUCCUCCUGCUUUAGGGUGUGGCGUUUUCAGAGAGGCCACAGUAAUGGGUGCACAUUUCACUGUGCCUGUGGAAGGCAGACUGAGCCUGGAUAAAGUGUAUCGUGUGUAGCUUGUAUUUAUCCUGGGACCAGACGGUAGCUUUACAGUGGGGUGCCCAGCCCCUCUGUUCCUGUGUCCCUGUAGGCAGCUGUGUAUGCAGUCAGUGUCUCUUACCUUGGGCUGUCUGUCCCAUGGGGCCAACUGGCUUAUUGUUGCCCUGGCAUCAGUAGCUCUAUUAUGGGAUCUGAUCUUUACUGCCGUGUUCUGAGGCAAAACACAAAUAGUCUCCCAACAUAUUAUGCUACUACUGUACUCCAACAAAGUGUUACUCACGUCCAUAUAAAGCAUUUGAGGAAGACAUAGAGAGAGAGAGAAGAAAAGCUAAGAAACAGAGCAAGAGAGAACAGCUAUUCUACUCCCAACAUCUCCCAACAACAUGCUACUACUCACAUCCAUAUAAACAGUGGUGUAAAGUACUUAAGUAAAAACGCUUUAAAGUACUACUUAAGUCGUUUUUUUGGGUAACUGUACUAUACUUUACUAUUUAUAUUUUUGACUACUUUUACUUUUACUUCACUACAUUCCUAAAGAAAAUAAUGUACUUUUUACUCCAUACAUUUUAGACUUGUACUCAAGUAGAAUUUUACUGGAUGACUUUCACUUAUACUUGAGUUAUUUUCUAUUAAUGUAUCUUUACUUUUACUCAAGUAUGACAAUUGGAUACUUUUUUCACCACUGCAUAUAAAGAAUUCUAGGUUGAGAUGAUCGAGGGCAUUUGAGAGAAACUCCGACCCAGUGAUGUGCUGUGAUAAUAUAGCUGUGAUGUGCUACUAGCGUAUUGGAGAGAGGAAAACUGAUUUAUGCUUUUUAAUUAGAUCCAGAUUCUUACUUGGUACCUCUAGGUUGAGUGUUUUAGUGUUCCUGCCUGUUUGCCAAGCUAGUGCUCAGACUGAUAGCAGCCUGCAGGGCUGUGGCGUUUGUUGGCCACCCAUUCGUAUUCUUCCCACACUCUCAGCCAGCUACAGCAGCACAGCUACAGACACCUCCCCAGGGAUGCUGCAGUCUUGAUGGGAGGGAGGGCACAGACAGAGGCGGUCAGAGUGGGGAACCGAGGGACUAAUAGAUCACACUAGAGACUCAUAUUUCACAGACAGACUCCAAUAAAUAUGCUAGAAACCAGCAGCUGCUUCUUUAAAAAUUUCUCCUUAGAUGCUUGGAAAGAUGUCUUUGGCUUUGGAUGUUUUUGCUUAGUCAGGUUUCUAUGGUUCAGUGUGUUUGAAUGGAAAAUACAUAUGACAGAGUGAUUGCUUCAUUGUCUUUCCGAAAGGUUACUGCGCAAAGAGAGCCUGGGGGGUAUUCCACCUCAUCACCACACCGUGCACUCUGGCGCCCAGCUUGACCACAAGUCCUGCACACUCUGUGUGCAAGGGCGCUCCAAGAAGGCCCGACGCCGGAGCCGUGUACCUCGGAACAAUAAGCCGAGGACGCCGGGAGAGAGGAGAGAGUCCACUGUGUUUGCUGUGGGAAGGUGAGUCACACUGGUCUGCUCACUGGUGUUUGACAACACAAAACAUUCAUAUUGAAUUAUUUAAAUCUUUAUUUACACUCUUAGAAAAAGUGUUCCAAAAAGGUUACUUGGCUGUCCCUAUAGGUGAACCCUUUCUGGUUCCAGGUAGAACCCUUUCCACAGAGGGUUCUACAUGGAACCCAAAAGUGUUCUACCUGGAACCAAAAGUGUUCUAGCUGGAAGCAAAAAUGUUUCUUCAAAGGCUUCUCCUAUGGGGACAGCCGAAAAACCGUUUUAUGUUGUAGAUAGCACCUUUUUUUCUAAGAGGGUAACCAAGUAAGUAAUUAAGAACACAUUUUAUUUUACAAUAACGACCCUGUAGCCACAUCUACCCCUUAUGGUCUAAGGGCCUGGGGCUGGGUUUCUACUAAGCUAACAUUUGGAAUUGUUUUAAGAUGGUCAUACCAAGGAAUUACCAAAAUGAAGUAUGUUUUGAAGUGUCUGUCUUAUAUCUGAGAGAUAUAAGAAAGCUCAGUAAAUUAUUAAAAAUAUAUUUGUACAAAUUUCUAACCCCUUUGUUGGGCACUAAACUACUCAGUGGUGGAAAAAGUACCCAAUUGUCAUACUUUAGUAAAAAUAAAGAUACCUUAAUAGAAAAUUACUCAAGUAAAAGUGAAAGUCACCCAGUAAAAUACUACUUCAGUAAAAGUCUAAAAGUAUUUGCUUUUAAAUAUAUUUAAGUAUCAAAAGUAAAUGUAAUUGCUAAAAUAUACUUAAGUAUCAAAAGUAAAAGUAUAAAUAAUUUAAAAUGUCUUAUAUUAAGCAAACCAGACAGACAGCCUCAUUUUCUUGUUUUUUUUAUUUACGGAUAGCUAGGGGCACGCUCCAACACUAAGAUAUAAUUUACAAACGAAGCAUGUGCUUAGUGAGUCCGCCAGAUCAGAAGCAGUAGGGAUGACCAGGGAUGUUCUCUUGAUAAGUGUGUGAAUUAGACCAUUUUCCUGUCCUGCUAAGCAUUCAAAAUGCAAAAAGUACUUUUGGGUGUCAGGGAAAAUGUAUGGAGUAAAAAGUACAUCCUUUUCUUUAGGAAUGUAGUGAAGUAAAAGUAGUCAAAAAUAUAAAUAGUAAAGUAAAGUACAGAUACCCCAAAAAACUACUUAAGUAGUACUUUCAAGUAUUUUUACUUAAGUACUUUACACCACUGAAACUACUUUCAUAUAUACCUCCAUAAUAUUUUUUUAACUGGUACCUGGCUAACUUCAGAUGAGUCUUGUGAGGCUUGUCAAAUAAAAUAAAAUAAAAUAAAAUUUAAUUGGCCACAUGCGCCGAAUUCAACAGGUGCAGACAUUACAGUGAAAUGCUUACUUACAGCCUUUAACCAACAGUGCAUUUAUUUUUAAUUAAAAAAGUAAAAUAAAACAACAAAAAAGUGAUGAGAAAAAAAAGAGCAGAAGUAAAAUAAAUCAGUUUUUAAUGUCCCAUUGGUAGGAUAACCGUAAUCUUAGGUAAUCCCAUUUCUUCUCAAAUGAUUGAAAAUUGGCUAAUAGGAUUGAUGGUAGAGGCAGUUUACUCGCUCGCUGUCGGAUCCUUACAAGGCACCCCGACCUACGUCCACGAUAUCUCCGUCUCUUCCUCAUGCAAAUGACGGGGAUUUGGGCCUUGUCGGGUGUCUGUAGGAUAUCCUUCGCGGCCGCCUCGUUGAAGAAAAAAUCUUCGUCCAAUACGAGGUGAGUAAUCGCUGUCCUGAUAUCCAGAAGCUCUUUUUGGUUAUAAGAGACGAUGGCAGAAACAUUAUGUACAAAAUAAAUUACAAAUAAUGCGGAAAAACACACAUAAUAGUACAAUUGGUUAGAGGGCUGUAAAACGGCAGCCAUCUUCUCCGGCGCCAUUUGGAGCAAACAACCGACAUCUACACUAUAUAUACAAACGUAUGUGGACACCCCUUCAAAUUAGUAGAUUUGGCUAUUUUAGCCACACCCGUUGCUGACAGGUCUAAAAAAUUGAGCACAACGCCAUGCAAUCUCCAUAGACAAACACUGACAGUAGAAUGACCUUAAUGAAGAGCUCAGUGACUUUCAACGUGGCACCGUCAUAGGAUGCCACCUUUCCAACAAGUCGGUUUGUCAAAUUUCUGCCCUGCUAGAUCUGCCCCGGUCAACUGUAAGUGUUGUUUUUGCGAAGUGAAAACGUCUAGGAGCAAAAACGGCUCAGCCGCGAAGUGGUAGGCCACACAAGCUCACAGAACGGGAUCGCCAAGUGCUGAAGUGCGUAGCGUGUAAAAAUCGUCUGUCCUUGGUUGCAACACUCACUACCGAGUUGCCUCUGGAACAGUGGUGGAAAAAGAACACAAUUGUCAUACUUGAGUAAAAGUAAAGAUACCUUAAUAGAAAAUGACCCAAGUAAAAGUGAAAGUCAUCCAGGAAAAUACUACUUGGGUAAAAGUCUAAAAGUAUUUGGUUUUAAAUAUAUUUAAGUACCAAAAGUAAAUGUUAUUGCUAUAAUAUACUUAAGUAUCAAAACUAAAAGUAAAAGUAUAACUCAUUUCAAAUUCCUUAUAUUAAGCAAACCAGACGGCACCAUGAAAAAAAUUAAAAUUAUGGAUAGCUAGGGGCAUACUCCAGCACUCAGACAUACAUUUUAUAUUUACAUUUUAGUCAUUUAGCAGACGCUCUUAUCCAGAGCGACUUACAGUUAGUGAAUACAUAUUUUAUUAUACUGGCCCCCCCAUGGGAAUCAAACCCACAACCCUGGCAUUACAAACGCCAUGCUCUAUCAACUGAGCUACAUCCCUGCCGGCCAUUCCCUCCCCUACCCUGGACGACGCUGGGCCAAUUGUGCGCCGCCCAUGAGUCUCCCGGUCGCGGCCGGCUGCGACAGAGCCUGGAUUCGAACCAGGAUCUCUAGUGGCACAGUUAGCACUGCGAUGCAGUGCCUUAGACCACUGCGCCACUCAGGAGUGCAUACAGUGCAUUCGGAAAGUAUUCAGACCCCUUGACUAUUUCCACAUUUUGUUAUGUUACAGGCUUGUUCUAACAUUUAUUAAAUUGUUGUUUUUCCAAUCUACACACAAUACCAAUUCUUCCUCCAGACGUGACGCUUGGCAUUCAGGCCAAAGAGUUUCAUCUUGGUUUCAUCAGACCAGAAAAUCUUGUUUCUCAUGGUCUGAGAGUCCUUUAGGUGCCUUUUGGCAAACUCCAAGCGGGCUGUCAUGUGCCUUUUAAUGAGGAGUGGUUUCCGUCUGGCCCCACUAUCGUAAAGGCCUAAUUGGUGGAGUGCUGCAGAGAUUGUUGUCCUUCAGGAAGGUUCUCCCAUCUCCACAGAGGAGCUCUGUCAGAGUGACCAUCGAGUUCUUGGUCACCUCCCUGACCAAGGCCCUUCUCCCCCGAUUGCUCAGUUUGGCCGGGCAGCCAGCCCUAGGAAGAAUUUUGUUGGUUCCAAACUUCUUCCAUUUAAGAAUGAUGUAGGCCACUGUGUUCUUGGGGACCUUCAAUGCUGCAGAAAUCUUUUGGUACCCCCUUCCCCAGAUCUGUGCCUCAACGCAAUCCUGUCUCGGAGCUCUACGGACAAUUCCUUCGACCUCACGGCUUGGUUUUUGCUCUGACAUGCACUGUCAACUGUGGGACCUUAUAUUGACAGGUGUGUGCCUUUCCAAAUCAUGUCCAAUCAAUUAAAUGUAUCACAGGUGGACUCCAAUCAAGUUGUAAAAACAUCUCAAGGAUGAUCAAUGAAAACAGGAUGCACCUGAGCUCAAUUUCGAGUCUCAUAGCAAAGGGUCUGAAUACUUAUGUAAAUAAGGUAUUUCUGUUUUUUAUUUGUAAUACAAUUGCAAAAAUUUAUAAAAACCUGUUUUCACUUUGUCUUUAUGGGGUAUUGUGUCUAGAUUGAUCAGGAUUUUUUUUUAUUUAAUCCAUUUUAGAAUAAGGGUGUAACAUAACAAAAUGUGGAAAAAGGGAAUGGGUCUGAAUACUUUCCGAAUUAACUAUAAUUUACAAACGAAGCAUUUGUGUUUAGUGAGUCCAUCAGAUCAGAGGCAGUAGAGAUGCCAGGGAUGUUCUCUUGAUAAGUGUCUGAAUCGGACCAUUUUCCUGUCCUGCUAAGCAUUAACAAUUUAACUAGUACUUUUGGGUGUCAGGGAAAAUGUAUGGAGUAAAAAGUACAUUAUUUUCUAGCUUUUAUUUUGAUUAUGCCAAUUCGAUUUCCGCGGGGGGCGCGUGGACAUUGGCUCUAGGGGGUUUAGGAUUUAGGAUUCUGGGGAUUCAGAGGCCUUUGUGUUUGUGUUUAAGUACUUUACAUGUGUACAGUUAUGCUAUGUAAAGUCCUCAUCGUGGUGAUGUACUUAACUAACAGAGGUCCGUAUACCUACAGGUUCCGAGUCACCCACAUGGACAAAAAGGAUCAAGGGUCUGGCGACCAGUUAGACCAAUCGGAGGCCCUGGAUAGUGAGAAGGGGGAUGAGGAGGACCCCCAGAGGAAGGACGGGUACAACCUGCGGAGCAUGUUCAAAGACGUCAAAACGGACAGCACCAAUGGUGUGGUUCCCACCGCAGCCAAGCGGAAGAAGAGUCUGGUUCUAUUCUCGCUGCGCAGAGGUAGUGAUCCAGUGGGGGCCAAAGUGCCACUGAGCCAGCCCAUGGUAGAAGAGGAACCCCUCUUCACUGCUCCAUUGAAUACUUCUCCAUUGCAGACCUCCAGCCCUGUGAAGAUCCUGUCAUCCCAGCCCAGCCUGGACUCUGGUGCACCUGACGACACUGAGAUGGCCCCUGUUAAAAUGUCCCCCACUAGGGUCACUUUUGUAGUGUCCCCCACAGAGGGUCCCGUACCGGUCUCUCCCAACGUGAGUCCAGGAGGAGUCUCCCCCCUAACGCCCCCAAUACAAGAUUCCCCCACCACCACCCCAGUACAAGUCACCCCCAUGACCCCUGAGAUAUUCCCCCUUACCCCAGGCACCUCUAAUAACCCUACCCGUAGCCCCUUAAAUGUCUCUCCUAUCCCUACCCCUGUACAAGCCUCUCCAACCUCUAGCUUCUUGAAUGUCCCCCCUGACCUGUCCUCCAGAAAAGUGUCCCCCUCCCCUACUCCCUUAAUGGUGUCCCCCGACCCUUCCCCCAUACAAGUCUUCCCAGUCAUGUCCUCCAGGAAAGUGUCCCCCAUACCUACCCCCUUAAAUGUCUCCCCCACCCCUACCCCCUUAAUGGUGUCCCCUGCCCCAUCCUCCAAAAAAGUGUCCCCUGCCCCUACUCCCUUAAAUCUCUCCCCUGCCCCUACCCCCUUAAUGGUGUCCCCCACAACUGCACCCCGUAGCAUUCUAAAGAAUACUACUACUUUUGUCAAGGUGGACGAAACCUCACCCACCACGAAAGGGCCAGAGGACAAGGUUGAGAGCCUUGCUACUGUCAGGGCCGACCAGGUUUCUCCCACUGCGGUUCCUGUGAAAGUCUCCCCCACCGUGGACCCCAUGAAAGUCUCCCCCACCAGCAGAGGCCCUUUAGAGGACAAGCUGGAGGUGGGGAGUGUUACCAUAGUCAAAGCCAGCCCGGACAGUCAGAUGGAGUUCUCUGUGGUGCGUAUGGCUGAGGUAGAAAAGGAGGAGGAAGAGGAGGAGCCUGCUGUGGCUCAGAGCCCCCCAGAGGAGGGGAAGGAUGACGAGGUGGAGAUGGAGGACAUAAAGGACUGUCGG